UCAAAUUUGAACAGUUGUCUAGCGUGAGAGAAAAGAAGAAGAAGGAGAAGAAGAAGGAGAGAGCUGCGCGUCGUUGGGCUCGCCUCAGCCGAUCUGCGUGUCACUGGUGAAAAAGACAUUGGACAUUUUCGUCGAGUUCGGAUAAAUCGCCCAAAAUGGAUCCGUUCACUGAGAAACUGCUGGAGCGGACACGAGCUCGCAGAGAAAACCUGCAGAAGAAACUGGCAGAGAGGCCGAAUGCAGCAAACAGGCAGAUGGUCAAAAGGCCCAGAGAGCCUCUGGCUGACACCAACAGUGUGACCAGUGAGCCAGUCAUUGACACAGUUCCACAGCUGUCCUCCAAGCCUUCUCCCUCCAAGCGCCGGUGCUCAGGGGAAAAUGUCCAGCUUGCAGCUGGUGAGGAGAACCAACAGCCGAUGAUGGCGCGACCCGUGGCCCCUCUGCCCUCCGAUCCACCCACAGACAAGAAACCUCCAGUCGGGCCAGGCAGCAGACAGUCCUCCUCCCUUGAGAGGACUGCUACCCAGCCUGAUGUUCAUUGUCAGCUAGGGCAGCCUAAAACUAUACAGCCACAGCAGGACAAGUCAGCCGUCACCCCUGCCGCUCGUUAUCAGAGCAGCAGAGAAGCCUCUCCGGUCCCCCAGAGGACCAAGGAGAACCUGGAGGAAGACCCAGCUCCAUGUGCUGCGGGCAUGAAGUCACGUUUUCACAGGCUCGCUGAGCAAAGAAAAUGUUGGGAUGGCGAUAGCUCCUCUGAUGCACCUCCAGACUGUGUCCCCCUGUCCCUGCUGAAGAGACAGGCGGAGGUCCCACCAACUGCUGCCCCUCCUGUGUCCUCUCAAACACCAGUAGGGAGGAGAGGCAGACUGGCCAACCUCGCGGCCACCAUUGGAUCCUGGGAAGAUGACCUAAGCCAUGCCAGUGUCCCCAAAGAGAAUCCAAAAGAAAAGACUGGCUCAGCUGUUCCCAGGUCAGCUGUCAGCACAAAGUCUACAUCCAGCUCCAAUCAGCAGGCUGUGUAUUCUCCUAUAAAGUCUAGCCGAGUAGUUCCCCCAAGCCCCAAAAAGGCUGACAUCCCUGCAGCCAGACCAGCCUUCCAGUUGGUAACCAGUCCUCAGAAGAGUUCCAACCAGGGGGUGACCUUCACCUCUAGUCCUCAGAAGAGUUCCAACCAGGGGAUGACUGUCACCUCUAGUCCUCAGAAGAGUUCCAACCAGGGGAUGACUGUCACCUCUAGUCCUCAGAAGACUUCCAAUCAGGGGGAGACCUUAACCUCUAGUCCUCAGAAAAGUUCCAACCAUGGAACAACCGUCCAGUCCAGUCCCCAUAAGGCCGGGCCGUCCUCCACAGCCCCUGUGCCUCAAAGCCCCCUGAAGAGUCAGGUCCUCUCCAAGGGUCUCCUUACUGCCAGCCCCAGGAAGCCAGAGCUCUGUGCUAAGCCUGCCAUUGUUGCCCCCUCUGCCCCCCAGGAAAAGGCCACAGCUGGAGGUCCUGUAGGUGUAAAAUCUUUCCUGGAGCGCUUUGGAGAGAGGUGCCAGGAGCGAUCCAACCAGAGUUCUCCCGCAGGCAGUGCUGUCCAGGCCAAGACUCCCACUGUAACUCCAUCCGUCACACCAAACACCAGACUGGUACAGGAGAGACUCAGAGCUGCCCAGGCUGCAAACACAACCACGGCCGAUCUCACCCAAAGACAGAAGCUGGAGCGUGAGUCUGAGCUGGCUAAGAUUCGCAGUCGCUUCCAGAAUGGGAACAACAUGUGGAAGAACAAAGACGAAGCAACAGAAACCAAGAGAAACACCGAUGGCAAGGAACAGCUUGUCAAGCCAGUGGAGAGUGAAGUUGUCCCGUUUCAGCCACAGGAUGAAUCCACAGUCACGUCGACUAAGAAGACAGAUUCACCCACCACGUGCACUCCUGCAGCAGGUCAUGGGUUGGUGGUCUCGCCUCCAGCACUGACAUCCAGCCCUCUGAGGGUGGUCGUUCAUACUGAAGUGAGACCAACAGACAAAGAGGAGGUGGUCACGGAGAAAGAGAUGAACGUAGACCAGUCCAUCAACUCAGCAGUUAUCAACGAACUGUUUGAGGGAGUCCUGGAGCAGAGUGAGAGUGAGGAUGAGGAGGAAGAUGCUUUGAAUAUCUCCUCCAUGUCACUCCUCACUCCCCUGGCAGAGACUGUGGCUGCUGUGGUGAGGAGUCCAGAGGGCAGAAUGAUGACGUCAACUCCAGCCACUUCAUUCAUUGUGAAGUCUCCAGAGGACGUUUCCAAACGGAGCAAGUUCCAGAGAACUAAUGUGAUUCAAACUGGUUCCUCAGAUAGUGUGGAGGCCUUAGACGAAGACCAUAAACUGCUCUAUAGCAUUGAUGCAUACAGGUCCAUCAGAGUGAAGGAGACGGAGAGACCCACUGUGAAGCAGGUCAUUGUGAGAAAUGAGGAUGUUUCUCACCGAGCAGAAGAACCCAGAGGAUCCAGUCUGUUCAGCAUGAAACAGAAGAUGAAGAUUUUGACAAAUGAGGUGAACAUGCAGCAGACAAUUAUUCAUCAGGCCAGCCAGGCUCUUAACUGCUGCACAGACGAGGAGCACGGAAAAGGAUCCCAGGUGGAGGCUGAGGCGGAGAGGCUCCUGCUGGUGGCAAUGGAGCGGAGGGAGGCGCUGAAGGUGGAGCUGGAUCGUCUGAGAGGAGGAGCAGCUGGACAGAAAAAGGCCCCUGUGGCCCCAGAGUCUGCCUCCAAGGGCUCCAUCACCCUGCAGGAGAUCCGUCUGCCUCUCAAGGCAGACUUUGUUUGCUCUACUGCCAAUAAGCCAGAGUCGACUAAACAUUCCUUCUUCAUCAUGAUUCGUGCUGGAGCAGAAAACACGGUGGCCACUCCGCUGGCCAGCACACACCGUGGCCUCAGUGGAGACACUCUCACUUUCCCCACAAGGUUCACUAUAUCUGAUGUCUCCAGUGACUUUGUCAUUGAUAUUGAGGUCUAUGGCCUGGUGCAGAAAAGUGAGGUCUGCAGUGACAAGAAGAAGAAACCAAGUAAAUCAAAGGCUAUCACUCCAAAGAGAUUCCUCGGCAUCACUAAAAGUGGGCAGACACCAGUCGUGGCCAGUCCCGGAGGCCCCAACGCUGUGCGCACCAGUAGAUUCGUCCUGGUUGGAUCACACAAGCUCACCCUGUCCUCCAUCGGGAAAAACAAGUUUCCUUUGGAGAAGAUCAAAUAUGAAGGCUGUGAACGAGAACUACUCAGUGACAUGUUUCAUACCAAGGUGCCGUUCUUGUGUCCGCUGGAGGGCAACGUCUACCUCAAGAUGCAGUGUGAAGUUGGCUCAAAGGUGGAGGAGAGGGGCUUCCUGACAAUGUUUGAAGAUGUGAGUGGAUUUGGAGCCUGGCACAGGAGGUGGUGUGUCCUGUCAGGAUACUACGUCUCCUACUGGACCUACCCCGAUGAUGAGAAGAGCAAGAAUCCGAUUGGUCGCAUCAACCUGGCUAACUGCACCAGUAAGAGAGUGGAACCAGCAAACAGAGAGUUCUGUGCCAGACCAAACACGUUUGAGCUCAUCACAGUCAGACCACAGAGAGAGGAUGACAAAGAGACACUAGUCAGUCAGUGCAAGAACACCAUGUGUGUCACCAAAAACUGGUUGAGUGCCGACACCAAGGACGAGAGGAAUCUGUGGAUGAAGAAACUGAACCAGAUUGUGGUGGAUCUGCGUAUGUGGCAACCAGACGCGUGUUACAGGCCACUGUGAACACGGCUCCCAUCAGUGUUUGUGACAAGUGCCGUUACUAGGUGCAAUACAGACUGAGGAUUGUAGAAUAUUUGUAUUCUACAGGAACUCAAGCACAUGAGUAAAUGAUUGGAGGAGAGUAAAUAAAGCCAUACGUUAGAAACGUUUCAGGACGGUUGAUACAUUUCCGGACUGAUUUGAAACGUUGAGUUACAAGCUUUGUAUGCCACUGCUUGUGUGUGUGUGAAGCACGAUGUGUGGCUUUAAAUUAUUAGGUUUUAUUUGAUAUAUAAUUGGUGAUGAAAAUACAGAUGAUUACUAAUUUGAGGCAUCACAGUUCUAUUAAGGAAUGAAUGCUUUUUACUUUAUCCUGCAUGGCAGCACGCGACCAUGCUGAUACUCUUUGUCAAGGUUUCACUUUAUAUAUUGGCUUUUAUAUGUAACUUGUGGCAGGACAUACAAAUGCAUUUUCUUAUUGUUGUGCAGAGAUGUUUGAUACUUUUUUAUAUACCCUGUUUCAUCAGUGUUUGGUCAUGUUGCGGUUAAGUAUAACUGGGUUUAAGCUCUGUUACAUAUUCUAGAGUUCCACCGACACUAAGUUGAGGAGAAAACCUAUACUGAUAUUUGAUAGUUAAAAAAAAUCUGCCAAGUACAUAAUGGCCAAUAUUUUUGUAUAUUAAACCUUACAGUUUCCACUGCACUUUCACAAAUAUUUGACUUCCCAUAUAGUAGUUUUAUUACUUCUUGGCCAACAUAUACACCGAUACCAAUAUAUGAGCUCCAUGUUUAAUUUUUUUAAAAGUAAAUUAUUGUGGAAGAAGUUUUGUAAGUUCACUCAAUGAGAGUAUGUAACAGACUUUACCGUGACCCUGCAAGGUGCAUUAAGAGUUGUUUAUUUUGUGUCUACGUAUAAGAGACAACGCUUUAUGUAAAUUUGUAUUCAUUAUCAACAUGCUGAGAAAACACACUGCUUUGUUUCAGCAUAUGUUUUCAUCAUGAGUGGCAGCAAGCAGGAAAUAUGAGCUUUCAUCAUUGAGUUGAACAAUUUUAACUGGAGUCUUCUGUUGGUAUAUGUGGAUCUGUAAGACUUCAAUAAAUUCCUGCACUGACCAGAA